GAAUUACUGGAACAAGACGAUGAAUUUCUCACGUUAACCGCAGAACAGUUGGGUCAAUUGAUUGCCAGUGACCGAUUGGCUGUCACCGAGGAUCAAGUGUUCGAAGCUGUUUUACGUUGGAUUGCUCAUGAUGUGGCUAAUCGCCAAGAGGCUGCUCGAAGCUUGUGCGGUCGCGUGCGUUUCUCCCUGCUUCCUCGAGAUUAUCUAGUUCGACUGAGUCAGUCCGACGCGUUCUUAUCAGCAAACCCAUGGUGCAAGGACUAUCUAAUCGAGGCCCUAAGCUAUCACUUGUUGUCAUGGGAUGAAAAGCUACGCGUCACUUCGGAACGGGCGAAACCGAGAACUCCAGUCGGUCUUCCCAAGGUCCUUAUGGUGAUAGGUGGCCAAGCUCCCAAAGCUAUUCGUUCGGUGGAGUACUUUGAUUUCCGCACUGGUUUGUGGCGUUCUUCAUCCGGUCCAGAUGCCAUUUCCGGGUCGACAGCAAACAGUAAUGGAACUCCUGAUUCGUCUUCGUCGACUUCUGUGGGCGUACUACCUCCAUCCUCUUCACCACCAGCUCGACGAACAACCUCCCCUAGUUCUUGUUUGCCUGUAAUUGUCAGUUCAACCCACCCAAGUUUUACGGAUUUGCCUAGUCGAAGGUGUCGUUGUGGUGUGGCAGUUUGCACUGGUCUGGUUUAUGUUAUUGGCGGAUUCAACGGGGCGUUGCGUGUUCGAUCUGUGGAAAUCUAUGACCCGCUCAGCAAUACGUGGCAUUCAGGACCAAACAUGGAAUGUCGGCGUGCUACUUUGGGUGUGGCCAGUCUGAAUGGAUCGAUUUACGCGGUUGGUGGAUUCAAUGGAAGUGCAGGCCUUAACACUGCCGAAGUGUUCGAUUUAUGGUCAGGAACGUGGCGCCUCAUCGCCCCAAUGUCUUGUCGACGGUCGUCUGUGGGGGCAGGGGCAUUGGAUGGCAAGAUUUAUGCUGUCGGUGGCUAUGAUGGUGUUGCUCGUCGUUGCUUAUCCUCGGUGGAAUGCUAUGAUCCCGUCACAAACACCUGGAGUCCAGUGGCUGAUCUAAGUUGUCGGCGAAGCGGGCCGGCAGUCUGCGAGUUAAACAAUCGUUUGUAUGCGGUUGGAGGACAUGACGGUCCGGCCGUGCGAAAUACUGCGGAAGUGUAUUCACCUGAGACAGGCACUUGGCAGCGGAUUGCCGAUCUCAAUGUGCCCCGUCGCAAUGCUGGUCUUGUCGCCCAUGAUGGUUGUCUUUAUGUUGUCGGUGGUGAAGAUGGCGACACUAAUCUGGCUUCUGUGGAAAAGUACGAUCCAUCUACAAACACUUGGGUACUGCUUUCCAGUCAAAUGCAUAUUGGCCGAAGCUAUGCUGGUGUGGCGGUUAUCGAACGGACACUAUAG